AUGGCUUCGGCUGAACAGAAAUUUCCUCCACAACAACAAAAGAUACAGCCUGGGAAGGAGCAUGCUAUGGACCCAACACCCCAAUUCACCAGUCCUGACUACAAGCCUUCCAAUAAACUUCAAGGAAAGAUAGCAUUAAUCAGCGGGGGUGACUCUGGGAUUGGACGUGCAGUGUGCAACUUAUUUGCCUUAGAAGGUGCUACAGUGGCAUUCACAUAUGUGAAGGGGCAUGAGGACAAGGACGCAAGAGACACACUCGAAAUGAUCAAGAAGGUCAAGACUACGGAUGCUAAGGAUCCAAUGGCCAUUCCAGCUGAUUUGGGUUUUGAUGAGAAUUGCAAGAGAGUGGUGGAUGAGGUCGUCAACGCUUAUGGCCACAUCGACGUUCUCAUCAACAAUGCAGCCGAACAAUACGAGUGUGCAACCGUGGAAGAGAUUGAUGAGCCAAGGCUUGAGAGGGUGUUUCGAACAAACAUCUUCUCAUAUUUCUUCCUAACUAGGCAUGCCCUAAAGUACUUGAAGGAAGGAAGCAGCAUAAUCAACACGACAUCGGUGAAUGCUUAUAAAGGAAACGCUAAACUAUUGGACUACACGUCGACGAAGGGAGCAAUUGUGGCCUUUACAAGGGGUCUUGCGCUUCAGCUAGUGAGCAAGGGAAUAAGGGUGAAUGGGGUGGCACCUGGACCCAUAUGGACCCCAUUAAUACCCUCUUCUUUCAAGGAGGAAGAAACUGCACAAUUUGGUGGCGAGGUUCCAAUGAAGAGAGCUGGCCAACCUAUUGAGGUUGCUCCCUCUUUUGUCUUUCUUGCCUGCAACCAAUGCUCCUCUUAUAUUACCGGACAAGUUCUUCACCCCAAUGGUGGGACCGUUGUGAAUGGUUGA